AUGCCGGAGGGUCCCGUUGAUACCGCUCAUUGGUGGCGCUACAAGAACCUGCGCACUCUCAACCUGUGGAUUUUCGUGCCACUGUUGUCCAUCUUCUCUCAGGGUUUCGACGGCUCGAUGAUGAACGGUUUGCAGUCUGUCACGCACUGGCAGAGCUAUUUCGGGAAGCCCACGGGGGCCACUCUUGGCAUCUUCAACGCCGCCUACCCCCUCGGAGGCAUCGCCGGCGUCUUCUUGAUUUCCUCGGUCGCCGAUCGGUUCGGACGCCGCAUCGGCCUCGCCACCGGAUCUGCUCUCUGCUGCCUCGGCGCUGCGCUGCAGGGCGCCGCCGUCAACAUCGCCAUGUUCGUCAUCGCCCGUGUCAUCAUCGGCGCCGGCAGUGUUGUGGUCGCCGGCGUCGGCUCGCCCUGGGUCACCGAGAUUGCGCACCCGGCCCAGCGCAGUACCAUGACCGCGCUGUUCCUGACCUUCUACUCCAUCGGCUCCAUUGUUGCCGGCUGGUGCACAUUCGGCACCUUCCGCAUCGACGGUACCGCGUCGUGGAGGAUCCCCUCAUCGCUGCAAGCGUUUCCGUCCGUCAUCCAAGUUCUUCUGGUCUGGUUCGUUCCCGAGUCUCCUCGCUGGCUGGUCGACAAGGGACGCAACGAGGAGGCCCUGGACAUGCUCGUCACAUAUCACGGAGAAGGCGAUGCCUCCGACCCCGUUGUCGUCUUUGAGUACAACGAGAUCUUGACGGCGCUCGCGGCCGAGAAGGAGAUGCCCAAGCAGAACGUCCUGCAGGACCUCGCCGAGUUCUUCAAGACACCUGGGAACCGGAAGCGGUCCUUCAUCAUCGUGUGGGCCGCCAUCUGCUCGCAAAUGUCCGGCAACGCCUUUGUGUCGUACUAUCUCUCGCCCAUUCUCACCUCGGUCGGCCUCAAGUCGGAUCUCCAGCAGACCCUGAUCAACGCCACCAACCAGAUGCUGUCCUGGUUCAGCGCCCUCUACUUCGCCACGCUGCCCGCCAAGAUCGGCCGGAGGAUCAUGUUCCUGUGCUCCCUCGUCGCCAUGUGGAUCGUCGUCAUCUGCAUCACCGCUGGCAGCGCCGUCUUCGCCGAAGACAACGACAACAAGGCCGCCGCAUACACCGUCGUUGUCUUCCUCUACCUCUUCUCGCCGGCUUACAACUUCGGCUUCAACGGCAACCUCGGUCUGUACAUCCCCGAGAUUCUCCCCUAUCGCCUCAGGACCCGCGGCCUCGCCUUUUUCUAUUUCGUGCAAUUCUCCUUCAUGAUCCUGUCGACCUUUGCCAUCCCGGUGGGCCUCGAGAACAUCCAGUGGCGCCUCUACAUCGUCUUCAUUGUCUGGAUCGUUAUUGAGUUCGUCGGCGUGUGGUUCGUCUUCCCCGAGACCAAGGGUCCCUCGCUCGAGGACAUUGCACACAUCUUCGACGGCCCCCCCGCGCGCGACACGGCGGCGGAGAAGGGUCUGGGAGAUGCCCCUUCUCCCGUGCUGGAAAAAAACCCGACUGAGUAA